AUGGAUGAUGGAAAGAGUGAAACGCUGGUUACGACUGUAAAUGAGAUGCCUGUGAAUGCUGUGGAUAAUGAGAUGACCGAUGAUGGAAAUACGUGCGAGAAUGAGGAUAGGAGUGCUGUCAAUGGUGAAAGCUAUGCGUCGCGUGCAGCACGCACAAUUUCGUUUGUGGAACGACCGCGUCCUACGGCGCCAGCGUCGAACGAGAAUUCGAUGCCACAACGGCCUAAAAGUGCCUUUUUCACGCCGAGCAGAACAACAACUGCAAGGUCUGUUUUUGAUGCUUUGGUUAAUGCUGAUAUCGACCACAGGGAGAUUCAUUGUCUCCAACGCAAAUUAAAUGGUGAAGUUGUCGUCACCUUCAAAACCAUUGCGGCCAAGGAAAAAUUCCUCCGCUUAAAUUCUCUUCAUGUUAAUUCGGAAAAUUACGCCCUUCAGGAUAUCGAUAAACCCUUGACUUUCUUAACCAUCUAUGAUGCGCCUUUCGAGCUCUCGGACCUCGCAAUUAUUAAACGCCUAGCUCCGUUUUGCGAGGUCCUCCAUUAUCGACGGGGAAAACAUUCCCUCGCACCAAAUAUCUAUAACGGGUUGCGACACUAUCGCGUUCGCGUAAUUAAGCCUAUUCCCAAUUACUUGCGGUUCGGCAAAUAUCAAAUUUAUAUUAAAUACAGUGGCCGAAUUCCUACUUGCCGAAAGUGUAACCUCCCUGGGCAUUUCAGCAAUGUAUGCCCGAAUAAAAUUUGCUUUAAUUGUGAGAACAUCGGCCAUGAAGCCCGAGAUUGCCAUUUGCCGACUCUCUGCUGUAUAUGUAAAGAGGAAGGACAUCGCGGCAUCGGCUGCGAUUAUUCCUGGGUUUUUCCUUGCACCAGAGGCAUUCCUACAGAUGAGAACAGCGAUGUGGCUAUUGAAUCAUCAGACGACGGCAUGAGUGAGUACGGCCGGGACGAGGAUUACGCGUCGCUCGUCUCUGUCCCACCCGCAUCGAACGAAACCAUCGAAGAACCAACAUCUGUUCCAGCUGAUGUCGACCCGCCUUCUACUGCUACACUCUUGCCUUCUUCUUCUGACGAUUCUCCGUCCCCUAAUAUUCUAGAUUCUCAAGGCCUUUUAAUUCCUUGUGAAGCCCCGCCGAAACCACCUCCCCGUCGAUUGCCUACCUGUCUUUCUUCUCUUUCUGAUUCCCUUGCUGUUUGUACUCGAAAACCGACUUCGCCCGCUCUUGUAUCUGGAAAACCUCGUUCUUCGUCGCCUGAUCCGCCUGCCUCUUCAUCUGCUCCUCUUCUGCCCGAAUCUCAGGAAUCCGACAUGGAAACUGUGAUGGACUUAAAGAGGAAAUCUUCGGAUUCCUCGCCGAAACGCUCUAAGAAAGGGAAGAGUAGAACUAAGAAAGCUCCCAAGUAA